ACCGUAGUCUCAGAUGUGAAAAAAUUAGAAAAACAAUCAGAACCUAGUAGGCCUAUGCUGUACUGCUUGCAGCAUCUGUCAUUAUACUCGCAGAACUCGGCAGAACUCGUUUCCGCCAAGUUAUAUUUUGUAAGCUUUACAAGAGGAUGAAGAUGUUACCCGCGGUGCUUCAAAUUUUUCAAGAAGCCGGCGAAAAACCUUUAGCAAUUAACACCGUUUUGAACAAAAUAAGCGCCGGUUCCAAACUGUCGGAGAAGGACGAAUCCAACUUGCAACGGGCGCUUUCGGAAGGGCUUCGAUUCGGACUGCUCACGGUGCAAAACGAUCAUGUGAAAAUGCUGGUCAAUUUGGGCACACCGGAAGAGUCCAAAAAUUUUCAGUCACAGCUGUUGCUCCUUUCGAGCAAAACACAGGGAGCCGGACUCUUCAAUGAGCCGGAACCGGCUGAUCAGCAGCCGCCGACACACUCGUUGAGACCGAGAAGGUCCACCGUACGGUACGACGAACGUUACCUGGCAAGAAAUUCAUCAACGGUGGGCUACGGUCAUUCGGAGUUGGAACCCAGUCGCAACGUGCGGCACCGUGUGACGGUACCGGGAACAACUCAGAUGGCCCGUGGCAGACGAGGACGGAAGCACAGUGGAGCCGCCCGAUCACGCAGCCGACGUCGUAGCACCACCAGGUCGUCUCGGUCCCGGUCCCGGUCCAGGUCUCGGGCCAGUCGGGGUCGACGACAGGGCAGUCGUUCUCGGUCCCGGCGUCGUUAAAUAUUGAAUAUUUUUUAGUAAUUUUUAUUGUGUUUCUAGAAUCGAAUCGGAAAAUUUAAAUAAAAUCCCGUUGUAUAAUUCCGA